UCUCAAAUAAAUCCAGAUAGGGAUUAUUGCUUUUUACAAAACCUUGCCAGAUUCUAAUAUAAAGUCAAAGCUCUGUCUUACUUUUAAGAUUCAAAAUUUUAUUAUUGGAAAUUCAGGGAUACAUGAAUCUUUAUAUUACAUGUAUAAAGCCUUUAUGUAUUUUGGGCGUGAAGAGUUCCCGUGCGUUCGCUAUUUUAGAACGACCGUUCGCAUUUUUGUUGGAUUACAAAAUGGCAGAAGCUGACGCGGAAGUAUUGAGGAGAAGAGUGCAACAAAAGGUUGCUACAGAGCUACACGAUGAGAUAUAUAAGGGCACAUCGAAAGAUCCAAGAACCAAGUUGUUGAAGCGUAAGCAUGGGAGCGCUUACAGUAUUUCCAACAUACUAUGGAUGGUCCUGGCCCUCAUAACAUUCUACAUGACAGAUUUCUACCUCACAGUGCUAUAUGACCCAAGCAUAAGAAGGACCUGGUUGAACUUUGGUGUGAUCCUGAUAGGCGUCAACCUGGCUAUAGGUGCAUUCCUGAUAGUGUGGCUCUCAUGGGUGAAGAAGAUCCCAUCAGAUGACUGGGAAACAUUGUACCCUGCGGCUAUCCCUAUAGCUACAGGCAGCUUUGCUCUGGGUGCAGUUAGUUUAACAAUUGGACUUUGGCCAGUGUGGAACAUAUUUACGCCAGUGAUAUUAUUUGUUCAAAGCAUGGGAGUCGUCGUCUUUAUAGCAAUGUUACCAAACUUUUAAUGGAAUUUUCCAUAAUAUGUGUAGUGUUGUUUCCCUCCCUCAUUGAUCCAUCUACUUUAUGGAAUGUUCAAACCAGAGAGUCUGGAACUCGAGAUAUGGAUUACUUCAAAACAA